AUGGAUGAUGAAUAUGCUAAGCUCAUAAGGAGGAUGAACCCACCUAGGGUUGUGAUUGAUAAUAAUGCAUGUGAAAACGCCACUGUUAUUAAGGUUGACAGUGUUAACAAACAUGGGAUACUUUUGGAUGUAGUCCAAGUUAUUUCAGAUAUGAACCUUGUGAUAAAAAAGGCUUAUAUCUCCUCUGAUGGGGUUUGGUUCAUGGAUGUGUUUAAUGUGACGGAUCGUAAUGGAAGCAAGAUCAAAGAUAAGGAAGUCAUUGAUUAUAUUCAGAGGAGACUUGAAAAGAAUCCGAGCUUUGCAACGUCAAUGAGAGAGUCUGUUGGGGUCGUACCGAGUGAAGAGCACACUGUUAUUGAACUUACAGGCACAGACAGACCUGGUUUACUAUCUGAAAUCUGUGCGGUGCUCGCAGACCUUCACUGUAAUGUGGUUACCGCCGAGAUUUGGACACAUAAUACUCGGGCUGCAGCCGUAGUUCAUGUAACUGAUGAUUCAAGUGAAUGUGCCAUCGAGGAUCCGUCGCGUCUCUCCAUAAUAAAGGAUUUGCUUUGCAACGUCCUCAGGGGAAGCGAUGAUCCGAAGACAGCUAGAACCGCGCUUUCACAUCCUGGAGUUAUGUAUAGGGAUAGAAGAUUACAUCAGAUUAUGUUUGCUGACAGGGACUAUGAAAGGGUUGAAAAAGCAGGACUCAGAGAAAGAGAUAAAAGUCCGUUUCCACAUGUAACUGUCUUGGACUGUAUCGAAAGGGAUUACACCGUGGUUAUCAUGAGAGCCAAAGAUCGACCAAAGCUAUUGUUCGAUAUUGUUUGCACUUUAACUGACAUGCAGUAUGUAGUUUUUCAUGGUGUGGUUCAGACAGAACGGACCGAGGCUUAUCAGGAGUUUUAUAUUCGGCACGUUGAUGGCUUUCCGAUAAGCUCGGAGGCUGAGAGAGAACGGCUUAUACAGUGUCUUGAAGCGGCUAUCGAGAGGCGGGCAUCUGAGGGGAUGGAGCUGGAAUUAUGCACGGAAGAUCGUGUAGGACUUCUCUCCGAUAUCACGAGGAUUUUCCGAGAAAACAGUUUAUGCAUCAAAAGAGCAGAAAUAUCAACAGAAAAUGGGAAAGCAAAAGACACCUUUUACGUCACCGAUGUAACUGGUAACCCUGUCGAUCUAAAGAUUAUCGAUUCAAUCCGCAGACAGAUCGGCGACACGGUACUGCAGGUGAAACAUAACUCUAGUCUUUCACCAAAGCCGCCUCAAGGAACAACAAUUGGGUUUCUCCUUGGAAGUUUUUUCAAAAACCGAUCUUUUCAGAAUUUUAAGUUGAUCAGAUCCUAUUCUUAA